GGCGCCCGAGCCCGCAUGGACCCGAGGCUUCAUCACAGGCUCGCGCGGCGAGGCGACGUGGGACACAAAAACUGCGCCUGUACCACAGUACAACACACACGCAGAGUCAAGACGAGCGCAAUGUCCUCAACCACCGCUCCCCUCUAGGAAUUCCGGCACCCUCUGCGCCAUGUGCCUCCAACUGCCCCGCCCACUGUCGGUCGAACCUGGAGGACGAUCUUGACGAGCGGUGACUGACAGACUGCGCAUGGCCUGGCCCGCUUCCGGCCUGCAUUAUUCAUAAAAAGGCCUGCCCAGGCUCCUGACGACCCCGUGCCCCCGCCUCUCGAAACACCAACUGCACGAUUCUCGCUCGACACAGAACCACCCAAUAUGACCUCGACUCAGCUGGGCCUCGACACGCCUCGCCCGGCUUCCAUUCCGGCACCUUUGGACGUCAAGGCACGAACGGCGGCAAUGGAGUCCAUCGAGGACAUCUGUCACGGCUCGGUCGCCGGAAUAGUUGGCAAAUACAUCGAAUACCCCUUCGACACGGUCAAGGUCCGCCUCCAAUCCCAGCCGGACCACCUCCCCCUCCGCUACAAAGGCCCGCUGGACUGCUUCCGCCAGUCUAUCAAGGCAGAUGGCCUCCUGGGGCUGUACCGUGGCAUCAGCGCGCCGCUCGUCGGUGCCGCCGCCGAGAACAGCAGCUUGUUCUUCUUUGAACGGAUGGGCCGGGAGACCCUGUACAAGACCGGGUUCUGUUCCCGCGACACGCCGAUGCCCCUCCCGGCCUUGUUUUUCACAGGCGCCUUCUCCGGCGUCUUCACCUCCUUCGUCCUGACGCCCAUCGAGCUGGUCAAAUGCAAGAUACAGGUGCCGGAGCACGGGGUCGGCACCCACAAGCAGGCACCGCUCAAGCCGCUGAACGUUAUCAAAAGCAUAUUUCGACAAGAGGGCUUCCUCGGGUUCUGGCACGGCCAGGUGGGGACGCUGAUCCGGGAGGCCGGGGGCGGCGCGGCGUGGUUUGGCUCCAAGGAGACCACGUCCAAGUUCUUCAUGAACCAGAACCUGAAGAAGGCCAAGACGCAGGCAGAGAAGGACGAGAUGCUGGCCAACCCGCUGCCGCUGUGGCAGCAGGCCCUGGCUGGGGCCUCUGCCGGCGUGACCUACAACUUCCUCUUCUUCCCCGCGGACACCAUCAAGUCACGCAUGCAGACGAGCCCUAGCGAUGGGUCGGUCGUGAGGAGGACGUUCUGGGGGGAGGCGGCCGCGCUGUGGCAGCAGGCGGGGCUCAGGGGGUGCUACAGAGGCUGCGGCAUCACGUGCUUGCGGUCAGCACCGAGCUCGGCGUUCAUUUUCAUGGUGUUUGAUGGCUUGAAGAAAUACAUGCCGCUUUCAUGAGUUCGUUGGAUACCCAGUCAUAAAUCACACGGAGAGACAAGAUGGCAACAGUUUUGUGCAGCGAGGUCCCUGGAGACAGGGUCCAUUUUCUGAUCUGGCUGGAUAUGGGAUAGAGUACAGUACACAACACAGGUAGAACGGCCUUAUAGACGACAUCAAACCAAAUGCAAAGGGUUCUCACAAUUUGGCUUGCUUGCUUUUGAAACAAUCGUGCUCAUGCCUCGUGGAAAACAGAUCAUGUGGGUGUUCAACACCUCAACUCCAGGCGAAACAUAAAAGUCGGCGGACCAAAGCUUUCGAUGAAGAGGCAGGAAGGCUCACGGCUUGGCCGGCUCACUCCUUCUUGAGGUCCUUGUUCUUGAAGUCCCAACCGUUGAGGUAUCCGGCGCCGGAGCACAGAUACGUCGCGAAGCUCAGCCAGCCAAGGUACGGCAGCAUGCAGUAGGCUGCAAUCCUGUCGAUGGGCCACCAGAGCCUUGUCAGGUAGACGUUGAGCCCCAGGAGAGCGACGAUGUCGACAGUUGCCUCCACUGGGCGCUUGAGGCCAAAGAAGAGGGGCAUCCAGGCCAGGUUGAGGCCGAGCUGGAUGGUGUACAGUGUUGCGGAGUGCUUGGUGUCCCUGAUGAGCUGCGGUGUGGAGGUCAGCGGGCUCAGACCGGCGGUGAUGGCGCGGUGGGCCGCGUAGCCCAUGAGCCCGUAGAGCAGCGUCCACGCUGGGCCGAAGACAUAGGGUGGCGGCCGGAAGGGCGGCUGUUUGAUCGACUGGUAGGUCUUCUGGGUCUCUUUCGCUGUGUGCUUGUCAGACCUUGGUGCACACAACAAGGUGCGUGGAUAUAGCUCAAGUAUAGCUCGUGUGUGUGGUCACUCACGCCGAGUGCUGUACCCAACCGCGGUCCCCAGGCCGAUGGGGAGGAGGAUGGAGGCCGCAGGGUUGGCGAAGACGCCGUGAGGGAUCGUCAGAGCCGGUAUAUAGGCUGUCAUGGUUGCAACUGCGCUGGAUUGGAGUCCUGCAGGUGAAUUGAGCCGUUGCUGUGCACCUUUCGUUUCUACCCGCUUGAAUGGUGUUGGUUGGAAAUGAACAGGCGACAGGUGGUGAGACUCGACAGAAGCUCACACUGUCCGGGCCUUGCGGCCAUGUAUGACGACAUGCCAGCGGAGCAUGCGAGUCUCGAGCAGUUCCAUACAGCAACUGGGCUUGGCAGUGGAUUUCAGUUGCUUUUGGGGUCUAAAUUGACCUCGAAAAAGCUGUCUCUUGGGAAACAUGGC